AUGGCUCAAAGUAGACAAAAGUCUUAUGCGGACCAUCGGAGAAGGGACUUGGAGUUUCAACCAGGCGAUAAAGUAUAUUUGAAGGUCAUACCUUCUCAAGUAAUAUCCCAAGGAAAGAGGAAAGGGAAGUUGAGCCCUAGAUACAUUGGACCAUAUGAGAUCUUGGAGCGAGUCGGGGUAGUAGCUUACUGUCUGGCAUUACCUCCGACAAUGUCCAACAUACAUAAUGUUUUCCUUGUCUCUCGACUUUGGAAGCACGAGCCUGACCCUACUCAGAAGAUUCCUGUCAAGGUUAUCGAGCUACAAGAAGAUUUAACCUAUCCUGAAGAACCAGUCGAAAUUUUGGAUACAAAGGAACAAGUGCUAAGGAAUAAGAUAAUACCACUAGUGAAAGUCCUAUGGAGACAUCACAACAUUGAGGAAGCUACUUAG